GUUGUUUCCUGGUUGCUAUAGCAACAAGCUGUUGCUCUCAGCACCACCGAAGAAGACGCUCCGUUCUCCUCAGAAAAAACAUUACAGUGCAGAAAUUGAGCUACAGAUGUCGUUUGCUGAUAAAUAAAAAAGCAGACCAAAGAUGGAGGCCUCUUCACAGAGCACAGCUGGUAGAGGACUGUGGAACAACCCUAGAGUCACCCAGUGCAGCAAGGAGGCCCAAGACAUGCUGAGAUUAAUGAAGGAGGAAUCAAGACUUGCCAACAUCCAGAGAAAAAAGAUUGAUAAAUGUCUGAAAAACAGGGCAGCUUCGCCUUUCACCUCUGAUCCCACACCGUUGUCCACUUGCAGUAAAUCUGCACAGAAACAACUGGCAGGAAUUUGUCAGAAACGCAGCGCUGAAUCUUGUCGGUCUGGGAACAGCUACAUGAGAGAGAAGUUCCGUCCUGGUCCUACACGAGACUUGGAGAAAGAGAAGAGGAGGCUUCAGAACAUUUUGGCAACAGGAAAAGAAGAGGCCUCAGCUGCAUCUCCUCACAAAGCUCCUGCACGUCGUGACCCAGAGGCGUCAGAGGAGGAGGAUCGGUGUCAGGAAGUUCUGAAUGAAAUAGAGGAGAGAAGACAGUUUCUGGUAGAUAUGGCCUCACUGGGUCAGGAGAAGAACUACAUUGACAUUAUCAACACUGAGAUAUCACAGAAAAUUCGAGAACUGGAGGUGUUGGACAAGGCCCACAGUUCCAAGUAGGACGCAACGAUGGAGGGGAGAACUGGCAACAGAGACUGUGGCAGCAGAGAACACUGACUGGACAUGUUGUUGUCAGGGUCUUUUAAAGUUUUAACUUGGAAACUUUGAAUAGAUUGAAUCAUAACCAUUCAGCACAGAGCCAAGAAUGUGAAGAGUUAAGUGUGAUGUCUGCAGAAAGGCUACAACUCUAAUAUCUGCUUUGUGCUUCAACAGUACAGCAGUGAAAACAACAAACAUGAUCUAUUUGCAUGAA